AUGCGGUUCUUUGAAAACAAUGUCGCCCCUGACCAGACGGUCCAAACCAGCUUGAAGGUGCUCGGUGCCGGUCUCCCUCGCUGCGCAACAAGCUCUCUGCAAACCGCUCUUGAAUCGCAGCACAUUGGGCUAUCUCCUUGCAUGCAUUUCGCGCAUAUUGCACCGAAUGCCGAACGUGGCGACAUCGUUUUAGCUGCUAUUCGGGAGAAGGAGACCGCACGGCGUCACAAGCUACUUUAUAAAUUAUUCAAUGGGUUUCAAGCAACUAGCGACUUCCCUGCGUCCAUUUUUAUGGAUGAUCUUAUGGACAUGUAUCCGGAUGCCAAGAUUGUGCUGAACAAGCGGCCUGGUGGCGGUUCCCAAUGGGUGGAGUCGAUCAAGCUGCUCACCUUUGGAGGCUCACCGGUGUACCGCAGUCUCUGCUUUCUAUGGAAGACAGACCGCAACGUGGCCGCUAUGUGGGACGGGAUUAUGGAGCUUUGUCAGAGCAAACUGGAUCUAGCUCCGCACGAGCUUUUGACGGAAAAGCAUUAUGAUGCGCAUAAUGCUUGGAUCCAUGCCGAGGCAUCUAAGCGCGGGCGGGAGGUCUUGGAAUUUGAACCUCGUGAUGGAUGGGAGCCUUUAUGUACAUUUCUCGAAAAAGAGGCACCAAAAGACGAGCCGUUCCCUCACCGCAACGAUGCAUCUGAGGUCCGGAUGGUCGUGAGGAUUCUAUAUGCCCGUGGCGCGAUUUCCUGGCUUGCUCUAGGUGCGGCGGUAUAUGGCACAACAAGGUGGCUUUUCAACAAGCAGUUAUUCUAA